GGUUUAAACACGCGCAUGUUACUUUCAAUUUGAGUUGAAUUUCCGAGAUAAUUACAGACGAGGUAUUCUACAGGUUGUUGUCAGUUUAUUCGAAAAGUGUAAUUAAAGCAUCAUGUCAUACAAAGGAAGCACAAAGUUGUAAAGCUGAUAUAGUCGGAGUUAUUAUCAUUAAAACCACCACUAGAAAUUAUAAAUCAUUGUAGUAUAUCAUACGCAAUAGUUUCGAACCAUGUUGUGUAUUCAAGCUGUUUUAUUGAUUCUUGUGCAUUCAGUAUUUUGUCACUUUGUUUCACAUAAAAUUGACACAAAUGAUCUUGGAAAAGUUAUUUAUGCAAACAUUGUGUUUAGACAUGGAGACAGAACACCUGUAAAUCCGUAUCCAAAGGAUCCAUAUAGAAAUGAAUCAGAAUGGCCUGUACCAUUUGGACAACUGACCCCUAUUGGUAUGCAUCAACAUUUAAUGCUCGGUCGAUGGUUUAGAAAAAGAUAUAAUCAUUUAUUACCAGACCAUUAUUCAGUACAUGAUAUUUAUGUAAGGAGUACCGAUGUUGAUCGAACAUUAAUGUCUGCUGAAGCUAACUUGGCAGGUCUGUACCCUCCUAAAGGCAAUCAAAUUUGGGAUGAUAUGAAGUGGAUGCCAAUUCCUGUUCAUACUAGUCCUCAAAAAGAAGAUAAUCUUUUAGCCGGAAAAAAAUUUUGUCCUCGUUACAAUGAUGAAUUGCAGAAAGUUUUGAAUUCUUCAACUUUUGUAAAAAUAAAUCAAAAUCAUGCUCAAUUGUACGAAUAUUUAUAUAAAUAUUCUGGAACUAAAAUUAAUACCCUUACGGAUCUUGAAUAUCUUUACAAUAAUUUAUACAUUGAGACUUUGUAUAAUAAAACCUUACCAGCAUGGACAAAAGGAGUAUUUCCAGAUAAAAUGAAGCCACUAGCUGAUUUAAGUUUUACACUCCAAGCACAUAACAACAUUUUACAAAAGUUAAAAGUAGGACCUUUACUAGAAGAAAUGAUUAGUCACAUGAUUAUGAAAUCUCGUGACCUACUAUCUCCUAAUAGAAAACUUUGGAUGUAUAGUGGACAUGAUGAUACGAUUGCUAAUUUGAUGAUGGCAUUGAAAAUUUUUGAACCACAUUGUCCACCUUAUGCUUCUGCACUAUUGAUGGAACUACGAAAGAAUGCCAGCAAUCAUUAUGUAGUAACUGUUUCAUAUAAAAAUACGACUGGAGAACCAACAGUUUUAACAAUACCUGGCUGUCAAAAAGCUUGUCCACUUGACGAUUUUAUAAAACUUACUGAGGAUGUAAUACCUAAAGACUGGAAAAAAGAAUGUUUAUUGGAAUGUUAUAAGGAUGAACUUGAAACUGAUUUUUCAUUAUUAAUUGUGAUAUUAAUAUCAGCAGCUCUGAUAAUGUGCAUGUUGAUAAUAUUGAUAGCAGCAUUCGUUUAUUCAUAUUUUAAGCGUAAUUACACUCAGUAUUACUUUCGCCUUUCCAGUGACCUAUUUUAAAUGAAAAUGAAAGGUAAAUACAUAUUAGACUAAUAAGUAUUUUCUUAAUAUAAUUGGCGAUUAUUAAUUAGGGUUUUAUACAAAGAUUUACUAAAAUAAUGUUUUUACAAAAAUUUAUCAAUUCAAUUAAUCAAAUUUUUUUUAUUUUGAAAUUUCAAUAAAUUUUUAAUUUUUUUAUUACCAUGUAUAUUAACUGAUUCAUAUUUUUAUAAUCUAUAUGUAAAAAAUAGACACUGAAAAUUAAUCUAAUGAAAUAUGAAGAAAUGAUACAAUUAAGUUUGAUAGCUUAAUAAAUUUUGUGCAUAAACUGAACAUGACCUACCUCAAGAUUGUGAAACACAAAAUACAUGAAACAGAAUGAUUAAAUUUAUCAAAACAUAUGUAAUAGCAUUUAUACGAAAAUGAAUUGAAAUUGAAGGGCGAAUAAAAUGUAGUAAUAAUAAAAAAAUUAUUUAUUAUA